UUAUGUAUGACGUCAUUCCAAUGAGACAAAAGGCGGAGUGAAACAACUGUCUCCAAAGUUUGCUUUUCUCUUUUCAACCUCCGGUUUCUUUGUCCGGGUGCCGCAGAACUGUAUUGUUAGAGAUGACGUUGCAAUGGACUGCAGUUGCCCUCUUCCUCUAUGUGGAAAUAGGUGUACUACUCAUCCUCUGUCUACCCUUCAUCUCAGCCACCAGAUGGCAGUGUAUCUUCCAGCUGAGAAUAUGGAACAAAAUGGCCAGGUUUUGGAAUAAAUUCUUCCUCGCCAUGAUCAUAAUCCUUAUAGUCCUCUUCCUCGAUGCUUUGCGUGAGGUGAGGAAGUAUUCGGGCGCGGGAAACAGCAUGGAUGCUAAUCUGCAUCCCAACAUGUUUGACCACCUCCACAUGAAGCUGUUCAGAGCCCAGAGAAACCUCUACAUCUCUGGAUUUACCCUCUUCCUCUGGCUAGUGCUGAGGCGGGUGAUCACUCUGAUCAACCAGCUGGCSACGGAGUCUGGCACCACGGCCUCUCUGCAGACCAAGGCAGAGUGUGCCAACCAAACUGCCAAGAAAUACAUGGAGGACAACGAGCUAUUGAAGCAGACUUUGAUGUAUGGGAAGGGGGACAAGGCCACAGCGGAGGGAAACGAGCUGCUGAGAUCAGAGAGGGAGAAACUGAGAGGAGAACUGAAGGGCUCAGAGGAAGCCUUGAAAAAGUCCCAAUCCGAGAUGGAAGCUAUGAAGAAACAAUCCUAUGGACUGACCAAAGAAUACGACCGACUGCUGAAUGAACACCAGAGUCUUCAAGAGAGUGGAGAUAAAAAGGAUGAUUGAUCGGGCUUAUGACUACAGCGGUCAGAACGUUUACAGAUCGUACCAAGAAACCAGAAAUACUGUCACGCACGCUYUCACUUUCCUUUGACAUACUGAAGCACUGUGCAUGAUGUCAUCAAAAUACUCCUCCAAAGCCUCACUGAGCCGCCAAACCUCAGAUAAAAAGCACCUGAGCACGUUUGUAAUAGAUUAGCUACUAGACCAGUCUAGAAAUAGUGUUUCUAUUAUUUGCUGACAUUUGGAGAAUGGGUGGCAGUACACGCUUCAGAUUACAGUGGUCGUCUACUGUGAAUAUAUUUUUGAUGUAAUGGGCUUGCUAUGUCGUUUUUUUCCUAUGUGUCGCAAGAGCACCACCAUUGCAUUCAUCUUUUUUUUUUUUACCUUAGCAGCAAUGCAUAUUACAGAUUGAGUUGUAUGUGUUUUGUAAAACAAAAUUAGCAUUGAGUUCAUAGGGGUAGAGAAGCUAUAUUGUGUCAUUUUUGUUGUUGAAUAUUUGAUAUCAAUGUUCUUCAUUCCUCUUAGAUGUGGAGGGUUUGUGAAUAUUAAACAGGGUCACGGUCAUGAUUUUCUGUUUUGUAAUAAGGAUACUGAAAUGGAAAAGUCUGAGGAAAUUCAUCUUUCCUUUUCUCACUCUGACUCCCUGUAUUGACUGUCCUAGCCCAGGGGUUGGGUUGGGUAGACUGGGUCAGCACUUGGAGUGGAAUUGAUAAUCAACCAACAAAUCUUCCUCUAGCCCCCAUCCCCUAAGUACUUAUCUCCUAUAGGGCCCCAGUACUGUACAUUCAAUUCCAAUACUAGGGAACAGUAGCUUGCCUGACUGAAUAAGUGCCUUUCAGACCACUGUAGAUAUAUUUUGUCAUUCCAAGUAGUGUGUUUCACUAUUACAGUUGUUUUUCUUGCGAAAUACGUAUUUUUUUUUGGUAUGUAGAGACAAUUUUUCCAACAUGUUAUCCCAUAUUAAAAAUGUURUACUCUUGUAUUACAUUUACAAGAUAUUUGCUUUGUUUAAUCGAAUAAAUACAACUAUAUACAUUGA